GAACAAAGAACAACACAGCAGGGUCAGAUUUAUUUUUUACACACUGAAACUGGUGUUAGCACAUGGCACGAUCCUAGAAUUCCAAGGGACAUAUCUAAUCUACAAUUGAGAGAAGAUGAAUUAGGCCCACUACCUGCAGGCUGGGAACCAAGAGUAACUGGCACUGGUCGUGUUUACUAUGUUGAUCACAGAUCUCGAACCACUCAAUUUACUGAUCCCAGACUUUCUAUCAAUAUACGUCGUCAUGGCAGGAGUAUGUUUCAAGAAUCAACAGUCAUACGUCUUCCAAAUCAAAAACAUAAAGAUAAAGAAGUUGAACCCCUGCCAAAAUACAAACGUGACCUUGUGCAGAAAAUUAAAUUGUUACGUGGAGAAUUACUGUCACUAGCUCCGCCUGCUGGACAUUGUAGAUUAGAAGUAUCACGUGAAGAAGUUUUUGAGGAUUCAUAUCGUCAAGUAAUGAAAAUGAAAGGCAAAGAUUUACGUAAGCGUUUAAUGGUAAAAUUUCGAGGUGAAGAAGGUUUAGAUUAUGGUGGGGUUGCCAGAGAAUGGUUCUACCUUUUGUCUCAUGAAAUGUUAAAUCCUUAUUAUGGACUCUUUCAAUAUUCUAGAGAAGAUAAUUAUACCCUGCAAAUAAAUCCUGACUCUGGCAUUAACCCGGAUCAUUUGUCUUAUCUUCAUUUUGUUGGCCGUGUUAUUGGAAUGGCAAUAUUUCAUGGGCAUUAUUUAGAUGGUGGUUUUACUAUGCCUUUUUAUAAACAGUUGUUAAGUAAACCAACAACACUAGACGAUUUAGAGAGUGUUGAUCCUGAUUUACAUAGAAGUUUGAAUUGGAUUUUAGAAAAUGACAUAGAAGAAGUACUAGAUCACACAUUUUCUGUAGAACAUAAUUCUUUUGGUAAAGUUCAGGAACAUGAGUUAAAACCUGGAGGUAAAAACAUCCCGUUAACAGAAGAAAAUAAAAAAGAAUAUGUCCGGUAUGUUAUUGUUUUAUUUUUUUACUAG